GUUCCCACCCCCUCUUCUUGCCCCCCCCCAAGAAGGAGAGAAGGGGGGAAAGAAGGAGGAGGAGGAGGAAGAAAAGGAGAAGAAGGUCCCAGAGAGGAAGGAGGGGAGAAGAGUACCCCCAAAGUGACCGCAGGGACUGACCGCUACCCCCUCCGGCCAUGGCGACUCCGGCCAAUGCCCAGAACACCAGCAAGACCUGGGAGCUGAGUCUCUAUGAACUCCACCGGACCCCCCAGGAGGCCAUCAUGGAUGGGACGGAGAUCGCCGUCUCCCCGCGCAGUCUCCACAGCGAGCUCAUGUGCCCCAUCUGCCUGGACAUGCUCAAGCACACCAUGACCACCAAGGAGUGCCUCCACCGGUUCUGCUCCGACUGCAUCGUUACCGCCCUGCGCAGCGGGAACAAAGAGUGCCCAACGUGUCGGAAGAAGCUGGUCUCGAAGCGCUCGCUGCGGCCGGACCCCAACUUCGAUGCCCUCAUCUCGAAGAUCUACCCCAGCCGGGAUGAGUACGAGGCCCAUCAGGACCGGGUCCUGGCCAAACUCAACCGCCUCCACAACCAGCAGGCCCUCCGCAGCAGCAUGGAAGAGGGGCUGAAGAUGCAGGCCAUGAACAGGAGUCAGCGUGUCCGGAAGCACCCCCAGGAGUCGGACAACACCACAUUCAGCGGCGCGGAGGACAACUGCGACAGCCGGUCCCACCUCAGCAACGCCUCGGCCCCCAGCCAGCCCGAGGCUGGGCCCAGCCGCAAGCGGUCGCGCGCCUCCGAUGAAUCGUGCGCGGAACCUGAGACCUCCCAUGAAGGGGGCCGGGGGAGCCCUGAACCUGGAGGGGAGCCUGGUAGUAGCAGCGAGAUCGAGCUGGUCUUCCGUCCCCAUCCGGUCCUGGUGGAGAAGGGGGCCUACUCUCAGACCAGGUACGUGAAGACCACGGCCAACGCCACGGUGGACCACCUCUCCAAAUACCUGGCCUUGCGCAUCGCCCUGGAGGAGGCCCCGGGGCCCGGACCCGAAGCGCCCGCCUUGGAGGACGUCAGCGAGAAGCAGUACACCAUUUACAUCACCACCACCGGCGGGACAUUCACGACGCUGAACGGAUCCGUGACUUUGGAGCUUGUGAAUGAGAAGUACUGGAAACUGAGCAGACCCUUGGAGCUUUACUACGCUCCCACCAAGGAGCAGAAAUAAUCAAGAGACAAGCCCCCAACCCCCAAAAUGGUUGGGACAGCAGCAAGUUCGAGUCCUGGGUAGAGAGAAAGUGAUGCUGGUUUUGACCCUUGGGGGACACUGUCCAAGUUCGUGACAAGAUGGAGGACACGUCGCAAACUGCGAAACCGCAAAUGGCUGAAAAUAUAUAUAUCUAUAUAUCUGGCAUUCUCCCUCCCCAGCAAAAAAGAUCCCUGAAGCCCCCCAGGAUGGCUGGGAUUUGGGCCGACCGCCCCAUUGCUUUGGCUUCUCCCCCUUGGCUUCAAUGAUUGGGGUCUUGCUGCUCACACGCUGCUUUCGCCCCAUAUUUUGGGGGUCCAGGAAGAGGAUGGCGGUUGGAAACGGGGGUCCGCAAGCCCAGGACAGAGGAUUUUGGGGGUUUCUGGCCAAUUUUUAUACAAAUGUGGGGAUUUCCCCCCUCUUUUUUGUGCGUGUGGAAAUGAAUUCAUCACAGAAGUUUUAGGUCACUUUGGAAGCUGA